AUUCAUCCAUCUGCCAUUCAUCUUUCAUCAUCCAACAGUCUGUCAAAACAACAAAACAUCCAUUGUUGGCAAUCCAUUAAACACACCUAUCUUUAAACCCGUUGAACGCGGUAAAAGUAGACUUUCUCAUAUGUACAUGGAAGCCUAUGUGCGGCCUAGAAGUGUACAGGUCGUUUAGUGUCGAAAAGCCUGAUUCAGAAGUUUGAUAUAAUGGCCCCAGUCAAACCUGAGCGGAGAAAGGGUUUUGCAAUUACUCCUGGUGAUUCUAUCUUUGCACAGGAGUCACAAAGAACGAAUGAUGCAAAAGAUAACGAUCCUCUUGAGAAGGCUCCGUAUGUCUUUGUUACCGAAAGUACGGAUGCAUUGAUCAAUUAUCUUACCACAGAUCAGAAUACGCCAGAAGAACCCCUACGGAAGCGUCAAAAACUAACAACAGGAUCGAAAUUAGAAUUAUCGAACGACGGUGUUUUCCAGGAUUACAUCACAGUCAAACAAGCUUCGCUGAUAGCCAGAUGUCUUCGAUCAAAGUUGUCGCUAGACUUCACCACCUUGAAUAGGCAAAAGAUUCGUUUUACUAGCCACUGGGGCCGCCAUGGUAGCAACCCCGAGCCAUCUAAUAUCAUCCUUCGAGAUGAUAAUCAUAACUCCUUGCUUACCAUACCAUUAUCACUUGAAAAUACGUCGAUGGGCAUUCAAAAUUCCUUCGAUGACGUACUCAUUUGUCUGAUGGUUGAUCGAGACUCCAAAAAGCGUGCCCAACAAUCAAGUAAGUUGUGGACAGAGGCCGGAAUAAGUGUGUACAAAAUGGGUGACUCAGAUUAUAUUCGAAUUGAUUUUACUAUUAAAUGGGAGAUUACAACUAAUCGAAAAUCGAUCCAGCCCAAAAAGACGGAUGCUCUGUUGAAGGUAUUAAACACUUACUUUCCCAAUCCAAAUAGCACAAGCUUGGAACCGCUCUCUGCGCAGGACUUUUAUCAAUCUGCACACUCUCCAGAUCCGGUUGAUGAAACAGCUGCCUCGAUCGAAACACCGGGAUUAGAAUCAACCCUCUAUCCGUUCCAAAAGCGGGCCGUUCAAUGGAUGCUUCGUAGGGAAGGUUCUGAGUGGUCUCGCGCUGCUGGAUGUAUUGAGACAACUCAGUCCGAGGCAAUAGGCCGAAUACCGCCUUCUUUCUUCGCCGCAACAGACGUACAAGGGCGUUCUUGCUAUGUUAGUCAUUUAUUCGCAAUAGUCACCUUUGAUCUUACUCCAUUCUUUUGGAUGGACCAAGAUAUCAAAGGCGGCAUUCUCGCAGAAGAGAUGGGCCUAGGUAAGACUGUAGAAAUGAUUGCCCUGAUGACACUUCACACCCGUCCUGAUCAAGACCCGUCGGUUAUCGAUCCCUUUUCUGGAGAGACUUUGCAGACAACACAUGCCACUCUAAUAAUAUCACCGCCUUCGAUUUCAAAACAAUGGAUUGGUGAGAUAAAGACCCAUGCGCCAAAUCUCAAGGUUACGUAUUAUGAAGGUAUCAAGAGCCGGACACUUCAAUAUGAAACCACAAUGAAAGAUUUUGCCACCUCUGAUAUAGUAAUCACCACGUACUCUAUACUUGCAUCAGAGAUACAUUUCACCAGUCUCAAUCCGGAGAGGACGACGCUGCGCAGCGAGUCAAAAUAUCAGAGGCCCAAAUCACCUUUAAUGAAGUUUUCUUGGUGGCGUGUAUGUCUUGAUGAAGCGCAAAUGGUUGAAAGUGGUGUUAGUAAAGCCGCAACCGUCGCAAGGAUGAUACCUCGAAUUAAUGCCUGGGCGAUCACAGGCACUCCAGUUAGGAAAAACAUCAAUGACUUACUAGGAUUACUCAUUUUCUUGAAAUAUGAGCUCUUAGUCUCGGUGUGGCGAUCGCUUAUAAACUCCAAGCAAGAUUUCCACAAGCUUUUCGAGGCUAUCAGUUUGCGUCACUCAAAGCAAAGUGUUCGCGGAGAGCUUAUCUUACCCAAACAACACCGCUUCGUAAUUACUAUUUCUUUCAACCCAAUUGAAGAGCAGUUUUACCAAGAAAUGUUUGGCAAGAUGUGUGAAGAAUCUGGACUGGACACCGAGGGCGAGCCUCUCAUGGAUGGCUGGGAUCCAAAAGACUAUGCUGAGGUUAUGAGACGAUGGCUUGUACGAUUGAGGCAGGCCACUAAUGCACUUCCUCCCAAACGAGGCACAAAGCGAAAGAAAAUCGGAGAUGAACCAAUGGUUCAAACUGCGAGUAAGGCUCUUGAACUUAUGUUUUCGCAAACAGAUGUUGCUAUUAGAGCAAAUUCUCGAUCACUUCUUCUUUCUCAAUUGAAGAGGGGCCAAUUAUACGAAGACUCCCCUCGCGUUCAAGAGGCUCUGGAUAUCUGGAAAGAAUGCGUCACGCUCUCCUCCACGUUUGUAAAUCAAGCUCGGGAUGAAUUAUCCACCGAGAUAUCGUCGGAGAACGCGAGACUGGCAUUUCAUUCAGACAGUAGUUCAGAUGCGAUGAUAGCAGAAACUCAAAAAACAAUUGCUCCGAGCAAAAUCCAGAGCAUUGAAGGCAUUGGUGAGAAAUGUAUUGAAGGACAAGAUGGAUCAGAUCCUGCUUCACGCGUUGUGAUGAGUCGAGCAAGAUUGAGAGCCGCCUUGGAGCUUCAUCACAUGGGUUUAUUCUUCCUAUCAAAUGCUUACUUCCAGAUAAAGUCAAACGAGGAAAUGACAGCAGUUAAUUCCGCCGAGUUUAAAAACCUCGAUAUGCUCGAGAGACAGGGCUACGAAGAGGCUAAGGAGUUGCGGCGUGAAAUACUACAAGAUGCCUUCAAGAGGACGGAUAACAUGAUGACCGCAAUUAGAAAAGAUACAGAAUCUAGUGCAGCUGUUCAUUUGCCUCAGUUCGUGCCUAGUACUCUCAGAGGGGGUCCCGAAAGCCGCCGGAUUAUGGAAGAAUUCGAAAAGCUUGGAACUAGUUUGGAUAGACAAGCACAUCAAAUUAACGAAUGGCGAAACCACCUCAUCAAGAUCUUGUUGAGUCCAUUAGUCGACAACGAUGACGAAGGCAUUGCCAUCAAUGGGGAUGAGUAUGAGAAUUCCAUAAAAGUACAGGAAGAAGUCGUGGUAUAUGUGCAAGCAUUGCGGACAAUGAUUGCCGAUCGACAGGCCUCGUUGUCCGGCGUGCAAAAUUUUCUAGUCAAUGAAGAAGCCAAAACCGCUUUCCGGGAGGCGAAACAUGGCAAAGGUCCCUUUCCAGAAAAGCUACUCGUGCUAUUUGACAUAAGAGGCCUAUUUCUGCACAAGGGCGUCAGUGUGAGAGGGACUUUAUCAGAACUCCAGACGCUAAUAUCCAAGCUCAAGGCAAAUCAUUCCCAAAAUGAACUCUCGAUCGUCGAAGGUCAACUGAAAUUGACCCACAACUAUCUCACAGAUCAAACAAAAGCAACCGCGAAUCUAGAGAAGGAAAUCGGGCAGUUCACAAAGUGCAUGAAUCUUCGAGUAGAGUACUACAAACAAUUACAAGCAAUUUCAAAUCAGGUGGCCCCAUAUACAGGCCCCAAUGAUGAUGGCGUCAAUCAGUCUUUUCUACGAAAAGAACAUGCGCUCACUCAAACCAUAGCUUCGCUGAGAGCCAAGAGAAGAUAUCUAGUCCAUUUGAAAGAGGAGGUCGAAAAUCCCAAAGAUAAGCGAACGUGUGUCGUUUGCAGAGAUGAAUUCGAGCUUGGAGUUUUGACCGUUUGCGGUCAUCAAUACUGUUCCGAUUGCGCCAGGGAAUGGUGGAAAUUAUCUCAUAGAUGCCCCAUCUGUAAAGAGAUACUGAUUUAUGAAGAGCUUCACAAUAUUAGCUACAAGCCACAUGAGCCAACAUUGACCGCCGAAACUGACGGCAUUCGAGAGCCGUUGAAGGAACGAUCAGUCAACUUGAACUCCCCUCAAAAAUCUGCGAUCUAUUCAGAUGUCAGCAAAGCUACUCUCUCCGCCAUCAAAAGCAUUGAGUUACAAGACAACAAAUCAUUUGGCACCAAAAUUGAUACUCUUGCCCGUCACAUUCUUUACCUUAGAGAAACAGAUCCUGGCGCGAAGUCAAUCGUAUUUUCUCAGUUUACCGAGUUCCUGCCGGUUUUAGCUAGCGCAUUUGAUGCAUUUCGCAUUGGUCAUUCAUCCAUUGAUAGACCUAACGGGGUUGAGAAAUUCAAAAAUGAUCCUGGCAUAGAAGUCUUCCUCUUACAUUCUCGAGCACAUAGUGCUGGGUUGACUUUAGUUAAUGCUAGUAACAUAUUCUUUUGCGAACCGUUAUUAAACACGGCAAUCGCACUCCAAGGGGAGUCUAGAGUUCAUAGAAUAGGACAAAAGUUUGAGACCAAUAUUUGGGUAAUGGUCAUGGGCAACACUGUUGAUCAGUCAAUCUAUGAGUUAUCUGUUAAGAGAAGAUUGGAGCACCUAGGCCAUGCAACCAUAUCAAAAAAGGGCAAAGGGAGGGCGGUUUCUGAUGAGGAAUUAGUAGCACAGGCUCUGGAAGAGGCCAAUAGCCUAGAGAUGCAGCAAUCAGUGCCCGGGAAUCUUCUUUUCAAGGGGCAUGACGGUGAAGCCGUUUCGGAAAACGAUAUUUGGACCUGCUUAUUUGGUGGGAGAACGAAGCGUAGAACAGUAGAUCUUAUUGGUGGUGGUCCUACUGAUGUUUUGGUGAAUAUAGAAAAAUCCAAUGGGGUUAGUACGAUAGAUCGUCCGAUAGCGGAUGAUGCAUAGCUAGGCAGAAGGAGUAUCUAUUAUGAUACGGUAUACACUGUGGUGGAGGAUUCUUGACAUGAAUUAGAGAUGAAUUGUUAAGACCAAGUUUAGAGACAUGCUUUGAGCUAUAGCACACAUUCAUGUAUUAGCCACAAGAUUCAUUGCAAGGAAAUAGCUAUAAGUACCUAGGUAGCUUACAUUAUUCUCGGUCACUGAGUCGCUAGUAAAGGAGUAUCGCGAAUAACCACUCAAUCUGCGAAGGGUCAAAGGAGCUGGAAAGAUUGAAAUUAGACAGUUCAAUAAUUCUAAGAAUAUUUUGAUGCAAGUCAUAUUACUUACUCUAUCCCACAAGAACUGUUCACGUAACUCCUAAAUAUAAAAUGAGAAGUUGAGACACUCCUUAUUGCGAAAGUGUUAAACAAUACUGGAGAUGCAAAGACCUCGUUACUCAUAUUAAAGUAAACCUCAAUUGAGAUGAGAAAGGGCUCCUCUAAAUCAAACGCUGCAUUGUUACUCCGCCCCUCGAUCUAUAAUGAAAGUAUGCCCCAAGCUUUCAUACACCAAAUCUCUCCCUAUAUUCCCCCAAAGUCUUCAGUGAAAUGUUACUUCCUCCGCAAACCACAAUCACCACAUUCUUUCCCUCCAUGCUUUCCCCAUCUUCCUCUAAUAUCUUUUUCAGCAUGCCAUUGAUAGCCACUGCUACACUGACACCGCAGGCACUCUCAACCAAAAUUCUUUCCUCAUCCGCCAUCCACACCAUACCACUCACGCUCUCCGCAUCCCCCAAAACUACACUCCUCACAUUCUUCCUAUACUUUAGUCCCCACUCCAGAGACUUCGCCGCUACUUGUGUCGCACCCAGCGACGUAGCAAUACUAUCGAUACCAUCUAACCUGACCAAUUCUUCCCUCUUCAUCGCCGCAUGAAAACUCGCCGUUCCCGUCGUCUCCACUCCUAUAACCUUCGUUUCACUGUGCGAUCCCAAUCUUCCACUAUCCUCUAAUCCCUUCAUGAUGCCAUUGAAUAAUCCUCCUCCCCCAAUGCUGCAAAUCACCGCAUCCAAACUGUGGAUGCCUAGUCCACGAACCUCCUCUUCAAUCUCAGUGAUCACACUACUGUGUCCAUCCCAGAUAUCGGGGUGAUCAAAUGGUGGUACAUAUACACCAUUAGCAUCGUUGGCUAGUAGUUCUUCGCGUAGGUAUCUAUCAGCUUCGCUCCAGUGGUUUCCGGUUUGGAUAACUUCGGCUUUUAGUAGUUUUAUCUUGGAGAUCAUGUGUGAGGAUGUGGUUAUGGGAACGACGAUGGUACAGGGACGGUUGAGAGAGAAUGCCGCGUGGGCGCAGGCGAGGCCGGCAUUGCCGCCUGAGGAACAGUAGAAGUGGACGGGGGUGUGGGGAUUGGGAGGAAGGGAACGGAUGAGGAGAUUCCCUAUGCCGCGGGAUUUGAAGGAGCCAGAUGGUUCUGAAAUUCUCAAGUUUAAGCCACACAUUACAUCCAGCAUGUCUUGACAAAGCAGCCGAUCUAACCAAUGGAGUUUUAAUCCAAGGUUUUGAUAUAUGUCCCUCUCCCAUUCCAUUUGUGAUCGGAGUUGUUGAACCCAUUUUGUAUGAUGCGGUAUAUAUUUCUGUAUUCGAAUUGUAUCUGGAAACUCUCUUUGAACGAAUAUGUUGGUAGAAGAACUAUCUUAUCACCUCCAAUCU